AUGGUACUCUUGCGAUUUGCACCUUCGCCCACUGGCGCUUUACAUCUCGGUGGACUCAGAACAGCACUUUAUAACCAUCUCUAUGCCAAGAAGCAUGGUGGAAAGUGGAUACUUAGAAUCGAAGACACCGACCCCACUCGUUAUGUGACCGGUGCUGUCGACGGCAUUCGAGCUGCGUUAGAAUGGUCUGGUUUGGAAUAUGACUACGGGCCAGGUCGGGAUGGUCCACACGGCCCAUACUAUCAGUCCGAGCGGUUGGAUCUAUAUCGAACGUAUGCCCACAAACUUCUUGAGUCAGGUCACGCCUAUCGCUGCUUCUGCUCUCCCGACAAGUUGGCAUCCACGAGGGAACGGCUCGCUCGCACAGGUUCUAACGCAACGUACGACAAGGAGUGUCUGCAUCUCACAGAAGAAGAAGUGGCGCGGCGUAUACGCGCAGGUGAAAGUUCCAUAGUGAGGUUCAACGAUGAUCGGCUGCCCGAACGUGAGGUAGCGACAGACUUGGUGUUUGGCGCUCUCCGGGAUGCACACGCGUCGCUGCCGACCGACCCCGUCCUUCUGAAGUCUGACCUCUUCCCUACUUAUCAUCUCGCUUCCAUCGUGGACGACCACGAGAUGGGGAUUACACAUGUGCUACGUGGUGAGGAGUGGCUUCCUUCUCUUCCAUUGCACCUGGAUCUAUAUGCAUCUCUGUCACUCAAACCUCCACAAUUCGCACACCUCCCCAUCCUACUCAACCCUGACGGUACUAAAAUGUCGAAACGUAAAGGCAACGUCUCUGUACUUGACUUCACACGACGAGGGUGGGAGUCUGAAGCGUUGCUCAACUGGCUGGCGUUGGCAGGCUGGGGGGCACAGCACAACCCGAACAAAAAACCGGCUCCCUUUGGUGACUCUCAAGCCCCAGACAGUACUGCGGUUAUGACGCUCCCAGAACUCGUUCACCAUUUUGACCUAAGCGCUCUGACACAUCGCCGGAACAUACUCGACCCUGCCAAACUCGAAUACCUGAACAAGCACCAUCUAAUGCGCAGCUGGAAGGACGACGAGGCAACCGCACAUCAUGCGCGCCGGAUACGCGAACUCGUCAAAUCGGAAUUCCCAUCGAGCCAAUAUGCUACGCCAGAUUAUAUCGCGAAGGUGAUUCGCGUGCUCCAAGGACGAAUAAUCAACGUCUUUGACGUACCAUCGCUCACACCUUUCUUCUUCGUGGAUCCGGACUACGCAUCGUCAGAUGCAAUGUCGAUGAUCAGAUCUGUUCCAAGUGACGACUACUGUGAGCUAUACUUUUGCCGCUCCUGUUUUUAUGUUUUUUCCACGGCUAACGUUCGAAAAGUACUUGCACUGGAAACGACCAUUCGUUUCGUUGACCAAGAUUUUACUAGCGGCGAUAUAUCACUCGUCGCGACGGUCAUUCACGACGUGUGUAAGGUUACAGGUCUCAAGCAGAAAAGCUUCAUGACCGCACUUCGUCAUGCUCUUUCGGCAAUGAAGACUGGACCAAGCAUUCCUGAAAUUAUUAGUGUCCUUGGUCCAGAACGAACCAUUGCGCGAUUGAAGAACGCCAUCUCUACCGUGACGAGUGAAAUAUAA